AUGGUCGGUGGUACGCAACUAUUUGUCCCGGACUCACGAGUCAGGAGGGAUCCGAGCCGUCAGUCGCGGUCCUGUAAAGUCUGCCGGCUCCGGAAAGUCAAGUGUGACCGAGUCAAGCCUUGCCAUGCCUGCUGUGCUCAUGGCUACCCCUCCAAAUGCGUGUAUGAGCACGUCCCCGACGAAGAAGCCCGACCCAUUAGUCAGGCGGAGGAGAUUCGGAACUUGCGGGCGGAGAUCCGUGACCUUCGGGGAAGAAUAGACGAUAAACAGGAUGGAUCUGGUGCCCAGGAUCUUCAGCGCCUAGACAAACUUGAGAGCUUAUUUGAGUCUAUUCGCUCUGCUCCAAGCCCGUUAGUCGAUGAUCUUGUUCGCGACAUUCGGACGGCACAUGUCGGCCUUAAGAAGGAUUUGGUGCCUAUUGGACCAUGGGAAGGAAGGGAAGCGUAUGAAUUCUACGAUUAUCCUUCGCGCCCUUCGUCAACUCUGCCGGCUCGGAGUCGCCUGUUAAUAAAUUCCCCGGUUGAAGACUUCAAUAAUUUCCAAGGUGACGAUGACGAUGACAGCGACUUCGAGCGCAUGUCGCUGAGCAGUGGGUCCGACUCGUCUGGCACGAUCUCGGUUAUGAGCAUGCAAAGACCCGCGGUGGAUGUGUUUGUCGAGAGAUUUGUGGAUGCAUUUAGCCCAGAAGUGGAUAUGAAAUCCGGAAGAGCAGGUGCAUUGCGAGCUGCUGCCGGGAUUCGAAUGUUCUCACCACUUAUCACAGAUGCGUUCGAGGCCGUCUCGGUAGCAUUCUUUGGUCGUUCUGUGCAGAACAAACAGAUCGAGGCAUCCGGGUUUCGACUUUACCCUCGCGUGCUACGUGAAUUGCAGGAUGCGUUGGUGGACCCCGAAAAAUGCAAAGCAGAAUCAACACUGGUGACCGUGAUUCUCUUGCUGGCUUUCGAGAGUGUUGAACGCACUACUCAGAGUGGUGUCUCAGCUCACAUUGGCGCCGCUCUGGCAGCUCGACAACCUUCAUUCCUGGCCCGUGAAGAGUGGAAAACCAUUCCGUGGUCAGCAGGAACAACCCAAAAAGAUAUUCUUCAUCAUCUGCUUGACCUGGCCACCUCGGUACCAGGCUUACUAGCGGCAUCUGAUGCCUUCAAAGAAGCAAAAGUCACGUCUCUCAUGGGCACACAAGAGAUGGCUGUCAAACAGUCUACACUUUGGAACGGAAUAGGCGAGCUUACAAACCGCUUCUAUCAAUGGUACGAAGACUGGGUUGUCGCAUACCCUGACGGGCCACCACAGGAAGCCGAACAACACGGCGACCAGGGGUUCCCAAUUUUCCAACGCCGCGACCUCCGCACUGGGGCUACUUUUACUCCAACAAGAUUCACUUAUCCAAACCUGCUACUCGCACAAACCAUGUGUGUCUACUACGCUGUACGGUUGGUCCUGUCCUCGAUUGACACUAGGCCAGAGGAUCGCGUCUCGCCCCUGGAACAGUACGACCUGGGCUGCGGGAUCUGCCGCUCGUUGGAAUUUUAUAUCCUCACUGCGCCGGGGAACAUGAUUAAUCGUCUUGCGUUCCCCACCCGAGUAGCCUGGGAAGCAUUCCCAGACGGAGGGCCAGAGCGCCAGUUUAUGGUUGAGGUACUGCAGCUAGUUGAGAGGCGACAUGCUCUUGGGCUUUGGGGAAGUUCCAUGCCAGAGUUAUCUACAAAAGAAUCAUCGCCCCUGAACACGGGUAGUCCGUAG